CUAGUAUUUGUUUGCGAGCUUAAAUUUGAUUGAAUUCAUAUAAAUCAAAUGUGUUUUAUCUUAAUAAUUUAGUUUAUAGUUCUUGAAAGUAAAUGUAACUAUAGUGUUGAAGUGGAAAUUUUACAUUGUUUGUGGGUGCAAUGAACUUGUGUUUAAAUAUUACUUGGGCAACUCCAUUUGAAGGGGGAGUGUUGAAUUGGGAGUAUCCCAUAUUAGUUGUGUGUGUGAAUGUACUUGUAUUUUGUGGAUAUGUGACAGGCAUGAUUCCUCCAUUCGCCAUUUCAUAUAGAAUGAUAUCCAAGUUAACUCAAUUGAAUAAUCAUUUGGAAAGUAGAAGUACGAAAUUGAUUGAAAAAAUUCAUGACAUUAAAACUAUUCCGUCUUCAAGACAAUCAGUCGUUGCCGCUACUGUUGUUGAUGUUGUUGUUGCUUCCGCCGCUGCUGCAGUUGUCGUUGCCUCUGCACAUGGUUUAUCUUCUGCUACUACUGAUGCUUCUUUGCAGAGUUCAUCUUUCGCUGCUGCAGUCACCGCUGCCUCUGCACAUGCCUGUCCGUCUGCUCAUCCCUUCGCCAGUCCCUACGUCUGUCCCUCAGCCUUCCCGUCUGCCGGUCCCUACGCUGAUCCCUCAGCCUGGCCGUUCGUUCGUCCCUCUGCCGAUCCCUACGUUGGGCUAGUCGCCCCCCCUUUCUGGCGCCCUGCCCCUCCACUGUUCCUUCGGCUCCGACGAUCUGGCUUGCCUAUUCGGCAGUCAAACUCCCUGGCCCGACAGUCUCCCUCCCCGUCUGGUUGCCUCCCUCGCUGAAUCUGCAAUCUUCGAGUCAGCAGUGUCUAUCUUCGAGUGAUAUGCUUUCUUUAGUGCUUUUCUAGGCUGAGUCAAAUGAAAUUGGACUGCGGACUUUCGGUGCUAAUUAUGCUUUUCUACUCAAGUUUGAAGUAGGAAGUGCAUUACUUUAUGCACUUGCAUUUCUGAUUAUGUGCAUUCUUCUAAUGAAAAGUUUUCCAGUUUAUGUUUGUAGUGCUCACUUGGAAAUGAUGGCAACUUGAGUCAAUUGAGCCUAAUACAAGUUUAUAAGAAGUAAAAAGAGGACUACAUGAUAGAUGUGCUUAUGAAUUUUAUAAAAUUUACCUUCUAAAUUUGUAUUUACAUCAAACUUAGAUCUGUUUAAUUUUGUAUUAUUUUGUGUCAUUUAAUCGUCUCGUAUCUUAAA